ACAAUGAUCACUUCUUGGCAAUUCAUCAGAGAAUGAGCAGGAAGCCAAUAUUCAUUUACCACCAUGUGCAAAGUGUCGAGAAAAGUUUGGAUACAAGUGAUCGGAAGGAUUAUGGGCACAAUUCCCAUUUAUCUUCCCAUGGGAAAAUAAGCAAGCUGCACCCUGCUGCCAUAGUUAAGCCAGCGUACGAACCCUCCCUCAACCUAUUAGCUAUGACCGGGGAUGAGGACCAGGAAGUGGAAAAUCUGCCUAUUCCAGCAGCUAAUGUGAUAACUGUGACUCUGCAAAUGGAUGUAAACAAGCUGAAUAUCACGUUGCUUCGGAUUUUCCGCCAAGGAGUGGCUGCUGCUUUAGGACUGCUGCCGCAGCAAGUGCACAUCAACAGACUCAUUGGCAAGAAGAACUGUGUUGAGCUCUUUGUAUCACCAGUAAACAGAAAAGGUGUUUCUGAGACACUACCGUCUGAAGAAGUCUUGAGAUCUCUUAAUAUCAAUGUGCUACACCACAGUUUAUCCCAGUUUGGAAUUACCGAAGUCUCUCCAGAGAAAAACGUCUUGCAAGGCAAGCACGAAUCGGGUAAACUCUGGAGCAAAGAAGGAUUUUAUGCUGUCAUCAUAUUUCUCAGCAUCUUUGUUAUCAUUGUGACAUGCCUGAUGGUCCUGUACCGACUGAAAGAGAAAAUACAAUUUUCGGUGAGACAAGAUAAGAACAAGAAACAGGAAAUACACCUUUCAGCCAUCCCACUGCAGAGAACUCCGUCCGAGUACAAGCCAGCAAACAGAAUGGUCCAGCCUGAACCGGCUCCUAAAGCUGUGAAUGUCAUAGUAGAUCCACAAGGGCAAUGUGCUCCUGACAUCAAGCCCACCCUUUCAACCAGCCCAUCCCCUUUCAAGAUCAAGUCAGUGGGGCUUCAAGAAAGGCGAGGAUCCAAUGUAUCGCUCACCUUGGAUAUGAGCAGCUUGGGCAGCAUCGAACCUUUCGUAGCCGUGCCGACGCCAAGAGAAAAGGUUGCCAUGGAGUACCUGCAGUCAGCCAGCCGGAUCCUGACAAGACAGCAGUUGCAAGACACAGUGGCAAGUUCUCAUUUGCUCCAGACGGAAUUUAUGGAAAUCCCCAUGAAUUUUGUGGAUCCUAAAGAAAUUGACAUCCCUAGUCACGGAACUAAAAACCGCUAUAAGACCAUUCUUCCAAAUCCUGUAAGCAGAGUCUGUUUGAAACCAAAGAACCCAAGCAAUGCUUUGAGCACCUACAUAAAUGCUAACUACAUUCGGGGUUAUGGUGGCCAGGAGAAGGCUUUCAUCGCAACUCAGGGCCCGAUGAUUAAUACAGUGAAUGAUUUCUGGCUGAUGGUGUGGCAAGAGGACAGUCCUGUCAUUGUUAUGAUCACAAAGCUGAAGGAGAAAAAUGAGAAAUGUGUGCUCUAUUGGCCGGAGAAGAGAGGGAUAUAUGGAAAAGUGGAAGUUCUUGUUAACAGUGUGCAAGAAUGUGAGAAUUACACUGUCCGUAACCUUACAUUAAAGCAAGGAAGCCUUUCAAGACAUGUCAAACAUUACUGGUACACAUCCUGGCCAGACCACAAAACUCCAGAUAGUGCUCAGCCCCUUCUACAGCUUAUGCUGGAUGUCGAAGAGGACAGCGUGGCAUCCGUUGGUAGAGGACCUGUAAUUGUGCAUUGCAGUGCUGGAAUAGGAAGGACUGGAUGUUUCAUUGCUACCGCAAUUGGUUGUCAUCAGCUGAAGGAAGAAGGAGUUGUUGACGCAUUAAGCAUUGUCUGCCAACUUCGUUUGGACAGAGGUGGAAUGGUCCAAACCAGUGAACAGUAUGAAUUUGUGCAUCAUGCGCUGAACCUGUACGGAAGCAGGCCAUCUGCUGAAGCUGUCGAGUGAAACCAAGAAAGAAGAAGCAAAUAUGUUUAUCUCUCUUGGGGUAAUUUGAUUCGUUACCUACCAGCAACUUCUUCAAGGAGUUUACAGCUGUGAAGAGGCGUGGCGCUGCAGCCAACUUGUAAAAGGAACGUGGAUGGUGAAAAACAAAAACAAAAGCAUACAAGAUUGACGGACCUUUGUCUUGAAUGUAUUGUGAGUUCCCUGAACCAGUUUUUAAAUGAAGGUUAAUGUACUGAUGUUACAUUUGGAUUUCACAUAUAUAUCUUAUGGAGGAUUUGUUUCUGUAUUAGUGGCAUCUGCCACACAGAAUGUAUGUAAACGUAUGUUUCUAUGUUCUCC